AUAGCGAUUUUAAUUUUAUUUUUUUUCAAGGAAAAAAUUACCCCCUCCCUUCUACAUGGAACCCUUGAUGUCUCCUGGUACCAUUGAAAUCGAUCAUAAACAGAAAAUAAACGGAAACUUGUACUAUGCUCUCAUGAAAGGAAACAAGAAGAGAGUUGCAGAACUCUGCCAAAAAAUUCAGGAUCAUGCAUUGCACGUAAUAACAGUAAACGACGAUACAGUACUUCACAUGGCUACAUAUGCCAAAGAAGCAUCUCUGGUAGAAAAUUUACUAGAUGAGUUGCCUAGCCAUAAUCUCGACAAGUUGACUCGCCAAAAUGGUGUAGGAAACACAAUCCUCCAUGAGACUGCCACAAGCAACCAUACUGUUGCUAUUGCAGAUAAACUUCUGAAGAGAGCCCCUGGAUUGUUAGGCAUGCGCAACCACAAUGGGGAGACGGCUCUCUUUCGUGCGGCCCGGUAUGGAAAAACUGAUAUGUUCAACUUUCUAGCUGCUAAAGUCUCUGGAUAUGAUGAAUCUGGUUUGCAAUUCUAUGUACAGAGAAGUGAUAAAACCACUAUCCUUCACAUGGCCAUUCUUUCUCUGCAUUUUGAUUUGGCAUACCGAAUUGCGUUGGACUACACGCAUUUAAUGGGCCAAAAAGAUGCCGAUGGUAUGACUGGUCUUCAGCUUUUAUCAUGCAACCCAUCAGCUUUUAAACUAGAGCCUGAAGAAGGAUUCAUUAAUUUAGCAAAAUCAUAUGGAAGUUCAGUAUGGAGGGAAAAGGUUCAAAAGCAAAAACAACUGCAUAGAUCAGCUGUGGAGCUUGCCAAGUUUUUAGUCAGAAAAGAUACCUCCUGGGAGCUUACGUAUUCUAGCAUCGACCAGAGCAAGCCUAAAAUCCAUAAGUACGGAGAAAAGGGCGGCCAAGAACGGCAAGAAGUACAUUUGUUUAAUAAAAUUCUAGACAAAGAGGAAAGUCUUGGAGAAACUCCUUUGAUUUUGGCUACAAAGGCAGGCUGUGUGGAGAUUGUUGAAGAAAUACUCAAGCUAUAUCCCCAGGCAGUCGAACACAUUGAUGACGAAGGGCGCAAUGUAUUGCAUGUAGCAAUCAAAUACCGCCAAAAGAAGAUUUUCGAGCUUGUGAAAGGAAUGGACGUGCCUAUGAAGAGGCUGACAAGGAAGAUUGAUGGUGAUGGGAAUUCCAUUCUACACACCGUCGGAAGGAAACGAAAGGAUUUUAUAUCUGAUGAGAAGAUGGAAGGCCCUGCAUUCCUCUUACAGGAAGAAUUACUCUGGUUUGAGGUGCACUUUUUAGACUUUUACCUUCCUGCUAUGCAUAUCUAUCAUACACAUAAUUCACGGGAAGCACAAUAUUUUUUUAUUGUCAUACUAAUCUUGAAUCCUGAAGCGGUUGGAGUAGACGUAUUACAGGAAUAUGGCAGGCGCGUCAAAGAAGUCACUCCAUCCCAUUUCCUGAAUCACCAGAACAAUAUGAAGCUCACAGCAGAAGGGUAUUUCAUUACUGCAAAUUCUGAACUUCGCAAUUUAGCCAAAGAAUGGCUAAAGACAACAGCAGAAGGAUGUUCUGUGGUAGCAGUUCUCAUUGCCACCGUUGCCUUUGCUGCGGCCUACACGGUUCCAGGAGGUCCGAAUCAGAGCACUGGUGUUCCUGUUCUCGUCAACAAACCAUUCUUUGUGGUUUUCACCGUGACAGAUGUACUCUCCCUUACGUUCGCUUUGACAUCAGUUGUUACUUUCCUCUCUAUCCUAACAUCCCCGUUUCGAUUUAAAGAUUUCAAGCAUACACUUCCUAAUAAGUUGAUGGUAGGCUUCACAUUUCUGUUUCUCUCUGUGGCAAUGAUGAUGGUAGCGUUUGGAGCAACAAUCAUUCUGAUGAUUUACAGCAAGGAAAGCUGGACAAAAAUUACUCUAUAUGCAGUCUCUUUUAUCCCAGUUGGCAUCUUUGCACUAUCUUAUUUCCCUCUUUAUCCAUCACUAUCAAAAACUUACAACUUGCUCCUGAAAAUUCCCUUCAUUAAACAUAUUCCAGCUAUACCUUGGAUCUCUUUCAAAUGUUGUCGAGUCGAAACCACUGAUACCCACUUUCCAUGACAUAUCCGACACGUAAUUAUCCUACACUAAAUCCUUUCCAUUUUCUGAAAUCUGAUGCCUGGCUGUGUACGUAAAGGUGGGCACAAGUAUUGGUCAUUUGGUCCAAUCUGUAAGCAACUACCACCAUCUAGGUGGUAGUCUAGUGGUAAGAGCUUGGGACUAAGGCGUUUGCUCCUUCUUAAGUCUCAGGUUCAAACCCUGUGGCUGCUCAUAUGAUGGCCACUGGAGGCUUACAUGGUCGUUAACUUCAGGGCCCGUGGGAUUAGUCGAGGUGCGUGCAAGCUGGCCCGGACACCCACGAUAAUCAAAAAAAAAAAAAAAGUAUGAUGUCUAUAAGAAUGAUGUGAUGAGUUCUUGGUUUGUACAUUGUAAGAAUUCCAAAUAAUGCAAUGUUCUGAUAUGUGCAAUAAGUAACAAAGAAAGCCAGCAAUUCUUGUAAAA